GUGUGGACCAGAUUCCACUUAUCAAUUAAAACUGUUUAUAAAUAAAUAAAUACAAACUUAAAACGGCAUACACUUGCCCAAAAGAAACGGAGAUCAAUUGCGUUCGUUCUUCCACUAGGUUUCUUUUCCUGCCAAUUUCCUUGAAAUUUCACAAGGCAAAAGAGGGCGAGACAGGAGAGACGGUGAUACAACAUGGAUGAGGAAUAUGACGUGAUCGUUUUGGGAACCGGACUCACAGAAUGCAUCCUCUCUGGGAUCAUGUCUGUGAAUGGAAAGAAAGUGCUGCACAUGGACAGGAACCCCUACUAUGGAGGUGAAAGCUCCUCCAUCACCCCUCUGGAAGAGCUGUACAAGCGCUUUGAGCUGCCUGACAGCCCUCCAGAGUCUAUGGGUCGUGGAAGAGACUGGAAUGUGGACCUCAUCCCCAAAUUUCUAAUGGCCAAUGGUCAGCUUGUGAAGAUGCUGCUAUACACAGAGGUGACAAGAUACCUGGACUUCAAAGUAGUGGAGGGUAGUUUUGUGUACAAGGGAGGAAAAAUCUACAAAGUGCCCUCAACUGAGACUGAGGCACUAGCUUCAAAUCUUAUGGGUAUGUUUGAGAAGAGAAGGUUCCGGAAAUUCCUAGUGUUUGUGGCUAACUUUGACGAGAACGACCCUAAGACCUUCGAGGGCGUCGACCCCAAAGUCACCACCAUGAGAGAUGUGUACAAGAAGUUUGACCUUGGUCAGGAUGUCAUUGACUUCACUGGCCACGCCCUGGCCCUCUACAGGACAGACGACUACCUUGAUGUGCCCUGUUUGGAGACAAUCAACCGUAUCAAGCUGUACAGUGAAUCCCUGGCCCGAUAUGGGAAGAGCCCCUACCUGUACCCCCUCUAUGGCCUCGGGGAGCUGCCUCAAGGAUUCGCCAGAUUAAGUGCAAUUUAUGGAGGAACCUACAUGCUCAACAAACCAGUGGAGGAGAUAGUAAUGGAGGAUGGCCAUGUGGUGGGAGUGAAGUCUGAGGGAGAGGUGGCUCGGUGCAAACAGCUGAUCUGUGACCCCAGCUACAUCCAGGACCGAGUGCGUAAGGCAGGUCAGGUGAUCAGGGUCAUCUGUAUCCUCAGCCACCCCAUCAAGAGCACCAACGAUGCCAACUCCUGUCAGAUCAUCAUCCCUCAGAACCAGGUCAACCGCAAGUCAGACAUCUACGUGUGUAUGAUCUCCUACGCCCACAAUGUGGCGGCCCAGGGAAAGUACAUCGCCAUCGUCAGCACCACCGUGGAGACCAGUGAGCCUGAGGCUGAGAUAGAACCUGCUCUGGAGCUGCUGGAGCCCAUUGACCAGAAAUUUGUGUCCCUCAGUGACCUCUAUGAGCCCACAGAUGACGGUACUGAGAGCCAGAUAUUCGCCUCGUCAGCCUACGACGCCACCACUCACUUCGAGACCACCUGCAACGACAUCAAGGACAUCUACAAGCGUAUGACAGGCAGCGACUUUGACUUUGAGAACAUGAAGCGCAAACAGAACGAUGUGUUUGGGGAGGAUGAGCAAUGAGGAGGGAGGAGCAUCAGGGAAAGGGAGAGGCGGAGAGAGGAGUGAGAAGGGGUUGUUAAUAGAAAAGAGGCCAUAUCAUAGAGGGUAGGACGGUACAAAGAUAGGGCUAGGUACUAUAGGGGUAGGGUACUAAGCUGGGUACUGUAUUUGGGAGAUAGUGGGGGAGUCUGAGUAAGUGAAGGUUCUAGGUAAUGGGUGGUGAUGGAUCUAGGGAGUUCUAGAAGGUUCUAGGUUCUGUGGGUGUGGUUCUGACUCCUUUUGCUCAUGUCCCUCCCUUUCCUGAGGUCUCCGUACUCAAACACAUUUAAAGCACUCACACACACACACACAUCGUUCCAAGACUCACAUUCCCUAUAUCUAUCACUGAAAAGCAGGGUUGAUAUGGUCUUUCAUUCCAUGUUUGAUUAUCUAUAAACUACAUGUCUAAACUCAUAUCAUUAGAGGUAGACUGAUUCAUUGUUGUGGCAAUUUCAAAGUCUUUUUCUCAUAUCAAGGUCAACGACAUUGCAAGAAUGUCUGAAUUCUGAUGUAAAAUAAAAUGAAUGAAUGACUAACUGUAGAAAAUGCAGAAAGUUUGAAGUGGAAACUGUUUUUGAAAAGACAGUUUGAUCAAAAAUAGUGAUUUGCCUCUGCUCUGGAUGUGUCACCUCUAAUCAACAUGCAUGCAUAUUUUACACAUAGUAGGAUUGUACAUAGAACAUGAUGACACAGCAGCAUUCUGAAGGCUGGGCCAUUCUCACACUGAUCAUUCCAUCCUGUCAACCCUGCUUUCACUCUCGUCUAACUUACUGGUCUGUUACCCAUCUUACUUAUUUACACAGAUUGCUCAUUUUUCAGCAAAUAUCUCUCGGUCAGACAAAAUGUUUAAAAAUGAAAAGUUAUUGAAAUAUCAAUGGGCUGUUCUGUCAAACUGAUAGUGCUCACUUUGCAGUGCUGUUGUGUUCCCUGCGCUAGCAGACAAGCUAACCGGUGGCUAACUGUUCUGUUGUCCCUAAAACCACGUUUUGUUUCUCUGUCUGUUGUGUGAUGUCAAAGAUACAGUUUGAAUGGUUUAUGUUUGUA